CCCUACCAUCGGAACGGAUGCACUAUCAUAUCGAUAUUAGGUCUCCUUAGACGUUAGCUCCAGUCUAUUUAUCAUGAGCUUUUAUCGCUCUUCAGAGGGAGGAUACAGUCCAGCAUGGGGUCCACCUUCAUCAACCCUAAACUUUUGUGAGGAGGACUAUGAAUUUACGCCAUAUAUCGCAGAGCUCUUCAACACGCUCACUAACCUAACAUACAUUGGUCUCGGCAUCAAAGGGCUCAUCAACAGCCGUAAAUUAGGAGAAAAUGGCCUUGGAUCUAAACUCGCUUACCUGGCGCUGAUCAACCUGGGAAUCGCGUCAAGUUUGUUCCACUCAAGUCUCAAAUACUCGACACAGAUGUGCGAUGAAUUCUCAAUGCUCAUUGCUACCUUUAUCGUUUUCUACCGACUCCUGUCAUUUUCGCAGACCACAAUUGCUCCGAGUGUUCUGAUAGGCAGUCUUUGUGCUCUGAUGCUCGUUGUGAUAGUGGCUCAGACUACCACCGGUGAGAGCACCGUGCAGCAGAUUGUUUUCACGGGGAUGGUUUAUUGGCUUUGGCACAUAUGCUUCAAGUUGAUUGGUAAUUUCGACAGAGGAGAGGCGGUGAAGAGGAAGAUGAGGUGGAUGGCUAUAAGUGGAAUUGCUUUCUUUGUCACAGGACAUGCGUGCUGGGCGAUAGACUUUUACGCUUGCGAUGGCCUUCGAGAACUUCGGAGAAAUAUAGGAAUGCCUUGGGCAGCGGUAUUAGAACUCCAUGGCUUCUGGCAUAUCUUCACAGGCAUUGGAGUCUACAUCUUCAUGGGACUAGUUGAGUGUUUACGCUCAGCGCAAGGCAGGAACAAGAUGGGUUCGGCAGGACUAAGACUAUCAAGCGCUGGGACGUGGCCUUUCAUGGUAUAUUUGGAGAACACGGCUACGCGGGCCAACACGAAGAAGGAUAUCUGAGAUAUGGCUCGAGUAGGCUCAUCUGUGCACCGCAGGGAAUGACAAUUUGUUCCUACCCGGUAAUGUACAUUAAUGAAUGCAUCGUGGUUGUCCUUGGUCCUUGGGAUUAAACAUAGAAUGUACAUACCAGCUCGAGAACUUUGGGACAUUCCAGAUUCAAGAUCAAAUUCACUCAUCAAUGUCUCAGAUGCUCUUGGGAUAUUCUAGUUUGCCAUUUUGCAGUCAAUGUACUAGAGCAUCUAAGACAUUCCCGGUUCGAUCUCCAAUCAC